AUGACCGACCAUCUCCCGUCCUGGAAUUCAUUACGCGCGACAUUCUCCUCUGGGCCAGUGGACUACCGCGAUGUUCUCGCUCACCGCUUCCAGGGAGCCGCGAAGCAAGCGUUUGAAUCGGGCGAAUUUCGGCCGUUCGUGUGGCCGUGGGAUUCACUGGGCCCGAAUUUGCUGAUCCUCUAUCUUUUGAUUCCGCCUACGGAGUCGAGGCUCGUGCACUGGCUUCGGUGGCCGGUUUUUGCGGUUGUGCUGGUCAAGGCGGUGGAUUGUAUCCUGUAUGCGAGGAGUGAGUGGGUGAGUGUGGGGUAUGGAAUUGGAUUGUUGAACGCGUGGGCGGUGCUUUGGUCGGCUACGCUGAUUCUGUUUAAUGAUGCGAGGAAGGACUUUAGGAGGGUUGAAGGAGUGGUGAGGAGUGAAGUCGGCGGAUCUGGCGAGUGCGCAUUUUUGGGGCGUCUAGCCAGGAAGGAGGGUUUGAAUGACAGCAGUGCAUGCGGAGACGAUGUGGGAAGGCAAGAUACGGAUUCCAUAGACGUAGACUCGCAAUUGCAAAGUAACGAUAUCAUGAACGGGUCUACAGGCAGUUUUGGCGGCAAGUCAGGGCACAGUGGAGAGUCGGCGAGCGUAGCCCACGGCGACGGUAAUGAUCAGAAGCCCUUAGAUGAUGGUAUCCGAAAGCGUCACGGACUCAAGGACGAAAGUUCUGUCGAAAAUCAAGACAAAGAAUUAUUGAAGCGGAAAGUUGCAUCUCAUCAAAGCGAAAUGAACAAAGAAAUCGAUGAUCACUCCCAACAACCUCAGCAGAAAUCAAAUCUACAGAUAGGUGCGUUUCGAUGGCAGCAUCUUCCUGCUGACUUCUUUCACCGGCUUGACUGGGUACUCGAUCUCAUCUCCUCCUUCCGCGGCCCAAGAUGGAGCCAUCAAAUUUCCGGAAUGACUCCACCACCACAAGACAUUCAAUCUCAGCUACAGAACAGCCCAUUCGGUCCACCAACCUCAUUUUCCACCAUAAGUCGCAGACAGCUCCUGCGAAAACGAAUACCAGAAUUCAUCGGCUUGGUGCUACUCCUCGACAUCCUCAAGUCUAUUUGCAUGGAAGAUCCAUACUUCCUCUCCCUAGGCCCUAACACCCCGUCACCAUUUCCACGCCCCCGACUUUCGCGCAUACUAUUAUCGGUUUCCUUCGUGUACGCAUCCUUGCAGACUAUCUUCCUCCUGGCACCUCUUGUGAUGGUCGGUUUGCUCAGUCCAAAGGCAAUCGAUCAGCACGCGCAACCGUGGCUAUACUCACCCUACUUCGGAUCCGUACGAGCAUUCAGCAAGAAAGGUUUGGCGGGAGCGUGGGGCCAAUGGUGGCAGCAGCUCUUUCGCUUUGGGUUUGAACAAGCCGGAGAGGCGGCUGCGCGAUUAAUUGGGCAAGGUUGGGAGAAGAAGACGAAGAAAGGACAGGCGCUGAGGGUAUUCAUGGCCUUUGCUUGUAGUGGUGCGUUGCAUGCUUGUGCUAGCUAUACGUCACUUGGACCGACCAAGCCGCUGAAUUCGAUGUUGUUCUUUCUCCUACAGAUCCUUGGAGUGAUGGGACAAAGAGCUAUGAGUAUCUGGUUGAAGACAUUAGGUAUGACUCAGAAGUUGCCAUGGUGGUCGCGAGAAGCUGGAAAUGCAGUAUUCGUGGCAACGUGGUUUUACAUUACCGGACCGCUGGUUGCUGAUGAUUUUGCAGCAGUCGGCAUUUGGUUGUACGAGCCUGUUCCCGUAAGCCUCGUCAGGGGGCUGCGGGGAAAAGGAUGGUGGUUCUGGGGUGGAAGUUGGAUUAGAUUCCAUAGAGCGGACAAAUGGUGGCAGAGUGGGUUAGCUUUCUGA